AUGGAGGGUCACGGAGAUCUGGUAACCUUAGAGGAGGGCUGGACGAAACUCCGUCUCCAGGGGAUUGAAAAGGUCCAACGGUUUCUGGAGCAGAGGCCCGAGAGGAGUCAGGCCAACAAGCGUGUAUGUGUAGUGUCUAACAAGGACUAUGCUGCGAUAUACACGAUGGUGUACACAAUGUGCACACAGCGAUCCCCCUAUAACUUCUCCCAGGAUCUUUAUCAGCUCUACGGUGACUCCAUCGUUCGCUACGUGCAUUCUACAGUCCUGCCGUCGCUGGAGAACCGGAGGGGCUCUGAUCUCCUGGAAGAGCUGCUGUGCCGGUGGGACAACCAUCGGACGUUAGUGAAGUGGUUACAGAAGUUUUUUGCCUAUCUGGAUCGUUACUAUGUCAAAAUGUAUAUGGAGGCACCUCUCAUAAAGAGGGGUAUUGCUAUUUUCAAAGACCACGUUUUUGAACGAGUGAAACAGCCCGUGUCUGCCGCCAUUGAAGACGCGAUCCGUCGACAGCGUGAAGGAGAGUCACUUGAUGAGGAAAGUGUGGCACAGCUGGUUUGUAUGUAUAUUGGCCUCGACCCUGAAGACGAAGGCCUUGGUCUGUACCAGCGGGAGUUGGAGGACCUGCUUCUGGCUUCUACAAAGCAGUUCUAUGACCGGAAGGCUAGAGAGUGGAUCGCAAGUAGCACCUUUGCGGAAUACCUUCAGCUUGCAGAGGCGGCUCUGGAGGCUGAAGCGCGCAGAUGUGAGAGGUACCUUCACAGCAGCAGUAGCAGCAAGCUGCUGGGGGUUGUGGUUAGAAGCACCUUACAGCAAUAUCAGCAAGAACUUCUAGAAAAGGACACAGCCAUUCCGUUCCUGCUUUCUGGAGAGAGGCGAGCUGAACUAAGAAUGGCCCACAAGCUAUUUGCCCUCGUGGAUGGGGCGGUUGAGGCGUUGGCUAAACAGUUCAAGAUGUACAUCUCGGCCUGUGGAGAAAAAUUAGUGCAACAACGGAUUACUACACUGCGGGAAACGCAGCAAUCAAGGGCGCAAGGUUUGACUAGCAGCAACAACACCACCACGAUGCCACAACAACAGCGGCAACAGGACAUAAUCUCUGAGCAUCGUUUUGUGGAGAGUAUAUUGGACUUGCACGACAGAUUUAAGAGCAUCACUCUGGACUGCUUCCGACUGCAGCAGCGUGCUUCUCAGAUAUCAGCUGGAUCAUCAACGCGGCCGACCCCGCAAGCUGAUUCUCUCUUUCAAAAGGCACUGAAAGAGGCAUUCGAGAGUUUUGUAAACGCGCAAUCGCUGCAGCCCCCUUUUGCUCAACUAUUGGCCUCGUUCUGCGAUCGUAUUUUGAGAAAGGCAGGAGGUGAUCGAAUGGGUGACGACGAAAUAGAAGAAUGCCUCAUGAAGGUUGUGGAAAUCUUCAACUACGUAACAGACAAAGACCUCUUUGCCGAGCAGUACAGGACCCAGUUAGGUCGCCGGCUCUUACAUGAAACAUCCGCAUCACUUGAACUAGAACGGCUGCUGAUAGCAAAGCUGCGCCUCAAGUGCGGUGCCCACUUCACCGCGAAGGUGGAAGGGAUGGUCAAUGACCUGCAAGUUGCCGCUGGGCUAAUGCGGUCUUUUCAACAACAGCAGUUGGACGAACAGCGCAAGAAGCACAUCGAUCACGAAGAGUCCAGGACAGAUGAUGCUGCAACGCGCGUGAAGAAUACGUCUUCUGCGUCUACAGUGGAGACAGUGAUGAUUGGCAGUGUUGAGUUCUCCGUGCAGGCCCUGAGCACUGCGCAUUGGCCAACGUAUCCAGCACCUGACCUGCGGCUGCCGCCCCAACUUUCGCAAUGCGUCAGCGCCUUCGAGCAGUUCUACACCUCCCAGACGCAGCACCGCAAACUGACAUGGGUUAAUUCAUUAGGGACUGCCCUCGUUGCUGCACAGCUCCAGAAGCGUCAGGAUCUCAUCUGCAACACGAUGCAGGCGACUCUGCUGCUGAGAUUCAAUAGGCAUCAGGAUGGCACUCAAAGUAGCAGCAGCUCCAGCGGCGAUCCUCUGUUGACGGUGCAACAGCUUGUGGAAGACCUCCGCCUGGACGAACCUACAGUCAAGAAGCUGCUUGGCUCUCUCAUGCUCGGGCGUUUCAAGAUUCUUAGAAAGAACGAAAAUGACACAUUUCAAGUGAACGAAAGUUUUACAUGUCUUCACCGAAAGAUCAAGCUACCUACUCCAGUGCAAGAGGAAACACAAUGUCGAGCCCGGGUUGAGGAGGAUCGCUCUAUUACUGUCGAUGCAGCCAUCGUGCGCAUUAUGAAGACUCGCAAGAGUUUGUCGCAUCAGCAACUUGUUGGAGAGGUUAUGGCCCAGCUGCACUUUUUCCAGCCGCCACCCAAGCUGUUGAAGGAAAGAAUUCAAGACUUAAUAGCCAGGGAAUUUUUGGAGCGGGACAAGGAUCAGCCCACUCAAUACAAUUACGUGGCGUAA